GUGGCUGGUGCGGUAUUUUACAACCGCAGCAGGAGGGGCGAGCCAGCGGGCGUCUGACUGCCGCUCUGCAACAGAAGAUCUCGGCUUUCCAACCAGGGAUUAUGAAACCAUACACCAUGCUCUUCCUGCAGACAUUGUAGAAGAACCAUGUCACCCUGGUCUUAAAACAUACAAAAGGUCACAGUGCUUUUCCAUUUACAAAGCAGACUCUUCAUCCUGCUCUGAAAACCAACACAAUGGCUUUACUCCCAGUGGUGCUGUUUCUGACCGCUGUGCUGCUUCCAUCUUUCCCCACUGAAGGAAAGGAUCCAUCCUUUACUGCUUUGAUAACCACUCAAACUCAAGUCCAAAGAGAAAUUGUAAAUAAACACAAUGAACUAAGGAAAUCAGUCUCUCCACCUGCCAGUAACAUGCUAAAGAUGGAAUGGAGCAGAGAAGUGACAGCAAAUGCCCAGAAGUGGGCAAACAAGUGCACUUUAGAACACAGCAAUCCAAAUGAACGAAAGACCAGUACAAAAUGUGGUGAGAAUCUGUACAUGUCAAGUGACCCUAUGGCCUGGUCAGAUGCAAUCCAAAGCUGGUUUAACGAGCACCACGAUUUUAUCUAUGGUUCAGGACCAAAGAGCGCCGGUGCAAUUGUUGGACAUUAUACUCAGCUUGUCUGGUAUUCAUCUUUCCGUGUUGGAUGUGGAAUUGCCUACUGUCCCAAUCAAGAGAGUCUAAAAUACUAUUACGUUUGCCAAUACUGUCCUGCUGGUAAUAACGUGAGCAAAAAGAAUACCCCUUACCAACAAGGAACACCUUGUGGCAGUUGCCCUGGUAACUGUGACAAUGGAUUGUGCACCAAUACUUGCGAGUAUGAAGAUCUCCUCAGUAACUGUGAUUCCUUGAAGAAAACAGCUGGCUGUGAACACGAAUUGCUCAAGGAAAAGUGCAAAGCGACUUGCCUGUGUGAAGGCAAAAUUUACUGAAAUGCCCGAUUUGCAUUGUGUGGGACUAAAUGGAGAAAAGCUGCAUCAUUUAGUUGACACAUACCAAGAGGGAGACUGUAGACGUGUUAGAUAGACAUCUGAUUCCCAACAGUAAUGAACCUUUUUUUCCUGGAUAUUUACAGAGAUCUCUUUCAUACAGCAAUUUACAAAAGCAGCAUAGUCUACAAUGACAACUUUGGACUGAUACAAACGUGUCACGUUAUCUUUAAUUAAAUGAAUCAAGUUGAAGAUUUUGAAAGCUGUACAACCACAGGAUUUAGUCUGGAUUAAAAUAGUUACGUUUCCUGAAA